AAAAAAGGUGAGAAGAAACCCUAGAAAUGUCAUAAUUCCCCUAAUCUCUCUCUCGAUGUUCUUCUCAACAUGCACAACCACCACCGUCCCGAUUCCGACUCCGACUCCGAUUCCGAUUUAAGCUCCCUCCUCUCUGAUCAGCUUCUCCUCUGCGUCUUCUCCAAACUUCCCAUUUCUCAACACACCUCCACUUCACUCGUCUGCAAGCGCUGGUUGUAUCUUCACGGCCGCCUGGUUCGUUCUCUUAAUCUCCUGGACUGGCACUUUCUCGAGUCUGGUCGGCUUUUCGCACGCUUCCCUCAUCUCACCGAAAUCGACAUCGUCCGUUCCUGUCUCCGCCUCACGCCGCCAUACUCGGGUGUCUUCUUCAACACCUUCAGUCCCUUCUCCUCUCUUCCUAUCAGUACUAGUACCCAUGACUGGUGGUCUUCUGGCAAAACUGUCGGUGAUUUGUUGCCGCCUGAUGGGAUUUAUGAGUUAAUCGCCCACAAGUAUCCCAAUUUGAGGAGAAUUGCGGUGCUUGGUGCGAGCGAAUAUGGGCUGGCCAGCCUAGCUGACACGUGUCAGACAUUGCAGGAGCUGGAGCUCCAUUGUUGCGGAGAUCUGUCCUUGAAGGGCGUUCCAGGAUGUGUAAACUUGCAGGUAAUGAAACUGUGUGCAAGGAGAGAUGGUUUUUCUACUUGCGUGGUAUCGGACAUUGGGUUAACCAUUCUAGCACAAGGUUGCAAGAGGCUGGUGAAACUCGAGCUAUGUGCUUGUGAAGGAAGUUAUGAUGGGAUCAAAGCUAUUGGGCAGUGCUGCCAAAUGCUCGAGGAUUUGACUUUUCAAGACCAUAGGAUGGAUGGUGGCUGGUUGGCUGCUCUCUCUUUCUGUGCGAAUUUGAAGACUUUGAGGCUUCAGUCUUGCAAGGCUAUCGAUUCUAAUCCUGGACUCGAUGAGCACCUGGGAGUUUGUCCUAUGCUCGAGGAGUUGCACUUAGAACGGUGUCAGCUCAGGGAUAAGAAGAGCACCAAGUCUUUGUUUCUGGUCUGUGGGGAUGUUCGGCAUAUCGUGCUGCGUAACUGCUGGGGUUUCCAGGAUGAUUUGUUUGCCUUUGCCUCAAUCUGUAGGAGUGUGAAGCUACUUUCUCUUGAACAUUGCUCAUUGCUGACGACAGGAGGUCUAGAAUCAGUACUUCUUUCGUGGAAGGAUCUUCAAAGACUAAUCGUUGUUUCGUGUAGUAAGAUAAAAGACAACGAAGUAACUCCAGAACUUGCUUCCCUCUUCUCUAUGCUGAAAGAGCUCAAGUGGAGACCGGAUACGAGAUCUUUGCUGUCAGCAGAUCUCGAGGGCAUCGGAAUGUGGAGAAAAGGCGGUAAAUUUUUCGCCAGUUCAAAGGUUUCAAUGUGAAACAUAAAUUAGUGAGCGGAGAGGCAGGAAGAAGUUGGCACAGGAACAGUAUUGUUACUGAACAAUGCAUGUCUUUGUUUGUCUUCACCUUCCUUGUUGUAAAUGCGGUAACUCUGGUACGCCUUGAAUUUGGAAGGCAUACGGGUUAACUUCUCUUAGUGCAGUCUUAUACUAUAGUUGAUGGAAACUUAAAGACACUGAAAAUGCACAUGAAUAGAAUAAAACAUAUCCCUGUUUGGGAUUUUUAGUUCCUUUUUUGGUCUGUAAGGGACUCUCUUCUUCCGGGAACAUCCUGCAAUAGCAGCAUGUCAUUUUGCCUUUGGUGGUGUUUGGUCUUUCUGGUUUCUUGUGACUGUGCAGGUUGAAGCUCAGACAAGAGAGCGGCUAGGCCAUGAGAAAUCUGAGUAAGCAUAGGGGCUGUGUGGCCAGUUCUAGCCAGUGGAUUCAUAGCCCUGCCUCCGUGUUCUCCAUACAACUGAUGGGACAUUUACACAUAUAUACAUAGCUAAGUGGAGCCCAAAAUAUCCAUGUCCACUGGCUUCAGACCACCACAAGAACUGGCCACCGAUUUAAACAGUUUCUAAAUUUCUGGUGCACACCUUAUGAACCCUUGUUCUCAAAACUCAUAUCUUGGAUUCUUGAUGAGCUCAAUGAAUAUUCUAUCACUUGCAUACAUAAAGCACGACUAAAAUACUUUUACAUGACCAUAAACUGUGCAAACCAAGGAUUGUAUCGAUUAGACAAAAUUUCAGCGAAUUCUUUCCCUUUAGAUUCAAUGUUUGCUGCUGAGACAUUAUUCAUUACGAAAGAGAUGUUGUCCUG